ACGAACCUGUAUUUCAAGUGGUACGACUCAACGAAUCGGACGGCUUUUUUUAUUUUUUAAUAGUAAUGUUAGAUAAUAAUGAGAUUUAAUAGCGUCAAAUUAAAACAAAUUAAUGGCAUUGGAAUAAGUAGAGCUGGGAAAUAUCGAGCGGACGGUUUAUUUCUGAACAAAAAGUCGAACAUCGAUCCUACGGUCAAACAUGACCCGGCCUUAACCUCAAUUCGUCAGUGGAUUUGUGACGUGCUGAUCGCUAAAAUGGCGAGAUAAUGUGUUGAUAUUUACUUUAAGCGCAUUUCCGUCGAAACGGGUGCAGGGAGGCUAUUAAUCUAUUUAGCGCACAUCUAUAAUCGUUGAAUUUUGUGUGGAGCAAUGCACUCGAUCAGUGCCAGCUUGUCAGGCUCUGCAAAUGUGAGCAUUUCGACGUUGGCCAAACGAGACCAAAACUGCAAAGCGAUCGACAACAGCACUGGUGAACCUUGCGGCGAAACCGAAGGUCUGCGUAUUCUCGAUGAAUUCCGUAAGUUGUACGAGAGUCGCAUCGAGAAAAUCGAUGGGGAGUCCGGCGGCGAAUUUGACCGAGUUUCCAUGAAACUGCAGAUAAUGAAUGACUGGAUUAAGGAUUUAGGUGACCAAAAUGCCAUGCUAGUACAAACAGUGCAGGAUUUAGAGCAAGCUGCUUGUAGUAGAGUUAAACUGUUGGAAGAAAAAUUAAAACAGUCCUCGCAGAUAGUUCAAGAUAAUCUGUCAAGAUCAAAUCAUUCUGAAGAAACUCUAAAUAUUCUGUCAAAUCGUGUCAGCCAGUUGCAAAAAGAUGAGCAGUUUUUGGUUAAAAAAAUAGAAUAUCUGCAGAGUGAUAUUAGAGGAUUAUUGGAGUUGAUUCGACGUGCACACUGCCAAAAUGUCUGGAGCUUUGAGGGUAUAAAAUUUUUUGAAAUUCAACGUAAAGAUAUUCCACUCCCACCACUGGACUGUAUCUGUAGCCAGGAACAGAUAGACACUGAACAGAUCAAAUCUUUGAAUUUGGAAAUAGAGCGGCUUCAGGAAAAUGAGAAAAAAAUGAUUAGAUCUAAAGUGGAACUGGAAGGAAAGAUAGAAGAUCUUAAAACAAAAUUAUCAGUGAAAGAUGAGACCGUCAAGAAAUAUGCUUCUAGACUUCAGAGCUUUUGUGAUAAACUCAGGGAGCAUUCUAAGAAGACAAGUCAAGUUAUUAGUCAUCCAUUGACAAUCGCUUCUAAUCAGGACUGCGAUAUUAUGUUAACGCCUGACAUUCUGGAAAGUGUGUUAAUUGCAAAAGAUACAGAAAACAAAAGCUUACAUCGACAUCUUCAGGAAGUCGAAUCAAAGUAUAUGGUGCACACUCACAAAAGCAAUAUUGAUGCAGACAAUCUACAAAAACAACUCGAAGAGGAGUGCAAGAAGGUGCAACAGUUGCAGGCGGAAGUGGCUCAUUUGGAGGAGGAAGCUGCGGAGACACGAAACGUGAUGACAAAAAUUGUUGAGCUAAAGAAUGAAAAGUGCCAUGCAAAUAUAGGAAAUAAUCUGAGGAAUGAUGUGAUUAAAGAAAUAUGUAAGGAAUUAAAAGAACUAACUCUAGAGGACACGUCUCCUCAGAAGGUCCGCGUUGAUACAAGUAAUCCAGAAAUGUAUACUUUGCCUUCAACAGAUCCUACACGUUAUUCUAAAAAGGGUGAACUUGUAUCGUUCCUGAAUAGUACAAAAGUGCACGUGCAGAAAGAAUGUGAGAUUUUGUCCGAUUUAAAACUGGAAAUGAAGAAAUUUGUAGAAAAAUUGACCGAUAAGACUGCUGAGAUGAAUAGUUGUAUUAUAUCUGAUAGUUGCACGAAUGAAAAUGGACUUUGCACAAGCGACAUGUCGGAUAAGCUAGGCAGCUGCAUUGAAAUUAUUACCAAGAUGUAUUCAGAAAGAGAGAAAGAAAUUAUACUUUACGAUUGCAUGAUAAGGAAAGAAGAAGAUCAGUGCCAUUGCGGUUGCGGCGACUCUAAUAAUGUCAAAUUAAGUGUAAAUAGUGCACGACAGUUCAAACUGAUGGAAGAAUUCAGGGUAUGCACUGUGGAGGCUCAAGCAGCAACAGAAGAUAUCCGAGAGGAGAUAAACACCAUUGUUUCGACAUUUAAUUCGCGACAUCAAAACUAUGAAGACUUGAACAAGGUGGUCGUUAGUGUACAAAGUUAUUUAGCGAAAACACGAGAAGGGCUAAUAGAAGCCAUCAAUAGACUAGAAUUACAAGAAGAAGAGAGAUCGAGACGUAGCGAAAGAAUCGCGAAUGGCAAAAUUAAGCUGAAAGAUAUAAAAAAUCAAAUUAAUCUCAGCCAAUCGGAGUUAUCUCGUUGCAUCAGCGGCGUGCGAGAAAAUAUACAGGGAUGCAAUGAACCCGGAUACAUGGAAGCGUGCAUCGGCAUAGACUUGUUGACUGCGGUGACGGAAGAAGUCGAGCAAAUACUGACUAAUUUGCAGUCCUUCCAGACUCAGGGCGGUUGUGUAACAUCGAUACUAAAAGAAUUAAAAAGUCAGCUGUAUGCUAUAGAUUGUUGUUUAAAAGAUUUACAAAAGAAGACUGACGAAGUGGUGUCGAACAACGAAGCUGCGAAAACGAUAUUCUGCGUGAAGGAGAGCAGAUUGGCUAAGCUCGAGGAGGAAGUCGACUGCGCGCAUACAAAAAUGCAGGACGUCUUGGAAACUUUCCUCUCCACGAAACAAGAAGAAAAGGAGCAGUUCCCUCACUUUAACAAUCAGGAAGUAAAUGAUGUAAUAAAAACGAAAGAAGAUCUACAUAAAUUAAGAAAAGAAUACGACGAUCUGAAACUUAGCAUGGCACAGCAAGCGUGUCAAGCGAAAUAUGAUGAGAGGCUGAGCAAGUGGAAAAAUCGCGUGGCGGAUUUGGAGGAUCAAAUUAGAGUGUUGCAGCAUGAGGUAAAAUGUAAACAAGAAGCCAAUAAUUUCUUGAAGAACAGCAUCCAAUCUAGCGAAAAGGAACUGACGAACGUACGAACGAAGGCAGAAAAUUACAGGCAGUGUCAGAGUAAAGAUAAUAUGGAAUUGAGGAAAAAAAUAAUAGAACUCGAGAAUACCGUCAGAAUACAGAAAGAAAUAGAGAGCGAUCUGCGAGAAAGUCUAAAUAACGAAUCAAAAGAAGUUAAGAAAUGUACCGAAAUCUCAAAUACUUUCCGCACGGAUCAUGGCACAGAAGAGACGCUUUUACGUUGCGACUAUCCAUCCAAACACGAGAAUGUGUCUCACUGGUUCAAAACGUUGCAAGAUGCAGUGCAGUCUGCAAAACUGACGGUUCAGGAUUUAGAAAGUGAACUUAAAAGAUUGAUAUGCGAUGAAUCGCCUCAAUCCUCCGUUUCGACAAGAUCUGUUGUGACGCUGAUAGAGACGUUGGAAAUAUGUAGAAAAAAACUGGACACCUGUUCUGAUGAGUUAAGCAAGCUGAAAAGUGCCGUGUACUCCAAAGAGAAACUCUUAGAGAAUCUGGAGAAAGUCGUACAAAUACAGAAAGAUUCCUUAAAAAUGAGCCAAGCCGAAGUGAAAGAUCUGCAUCAAAAACUACAAGAGAAGAUUGAUAAGCAAAGCCUUACUAUCGCACAAUACGAGAGAGAGAAGAACGAAUUGCUGAAACAGAAUGAACUUCAAAUUCAAACGAUCGGGCACUUACAAAAUGCUGUCGUCGAAGCUAAGAGAAACUUGGACCAAAUGGGACACAAGGCGAUGAGUGAUCUCUGCGAGAAAGACGAGACUAUUCGCCGAUUGGUGAUGUGCAUUGACGAGACGCAAGAGCAGUACAACGAGUGUUUUACAGAGGCAACCAACCAGGAUUUGUUAUUGGACCUGCAACGGGAUGCUAUCGACAGUCUGCAUAGAAGAAUUCGUUCUCUGGAGUGUGAUAAAUACUUGAGCGCUACUAUAUUGCAUACGAUGUAUUAUUCGAUUUUGAAUGUAAUACAGGAACAAAUACAUGGUCACGUAAAGGAUUUUCAAGCGCUGAAGUGUAAGAUGGGAUAUUUCGUACAGGCAAAGAAUACCUCUAAAUGUGAAUGCGAAAACACGAAGGAAACGAUCAGUUGUACCGAGCAGAAGUUAGAACAGUCAGAUGCUUGUUCGUGCGCGAUAUAUUCUAAAGAGAAGAGCACCGAUUCUGAGGAUCUGGAGUACUUUUCACGCUGUGUAUCACAUGUGGGGAGAUAUUCAGGUGAAGUGGCGGAGAUGGAGAAUAUCUGUCAAAUUCAACGAUUAAAGGAAGAAUUGCAGAAGAUGAAGAAUAUUGAAUGCGACUUAAGAUGUGAGAAUCGACAACUGAAAACCGACUUGCAACAUCACAUAUCGAAAACUGAGAACUUGAUAAGGAAAGUAGAACAUAUCAAACAGAAAGAGACCGAAUAUAAAGAACUCGUAUCACAAUUGGAAAACGGAGAGAGAGAGAUUGAGAACUUCAAUGGCCAAAUUACUAGUAAGGAGGAAAUCGUUAGGAACCAAUCUCAUGAACUUGAAGCGCUUCGGAAUAGAUUUCUCAUGAAGAAUCAACAAGUAGAGGAUGAUUUAUCCCAAUUGAAUGCAUCGGAGCACGCAAUGCUGAGUAUUUUAUGCGACCAAAUACACUCGUUGAAAACUCUAUUUCGGGAGAAAUCUGAUUGUAUGGUUAAAUUGCAGGCCGAUUAUAAGUUACUUGAGAAUGAGAAUUCUAUAUUAAAAAGUCAGAAUAGUAUUAUUGAGAAUCAAGCUAAAGAUAAUAUCAUUCAGUUAAAGGAAAAGUUCAAAGAGACCCGCUUAAAAUUGCGCCAGACGGAAGAUAAUUAUCAGCGAGUAACUGAAGAUUUCAAUAAGGCUCAAGAUAAACUUUUGUUAGCAACAACGCGAGAAGCUGAUUCGCAAGAAUCGCUAAUGAUUAUGGAGAAAAAUUAUUGCUCCAAAAUUGCAAAUUUAGAUAAUGAGGUGAUUAGUCUUCGUGAUUUAGCAAAUAGCCUGAGCGGAGAACUGGAGGAGACGAAAAAGGAACUUACGUCGAAGAACAUCGCGUUCUUCCAACUGCAAGAUAAGUGCAAAAAUUAUGCCGAUCAGUUGGAUGUUAUACGUCAAGAGUUUGCGGAGGAAAAGGAGAAAUUAGUGAAGGCUGAAAGUACAAAUUGUGGAUUGAAUCAACAAUUGCAGACUUACAUGGAUGAAAACUACCUUCUCGGCCGGCAGAACAUUUCACUUAAAGAAAAUAAUUCCACAUGUAUGACUGAGUUACAAAGUAUGCGUAAAUCUCUGCUCGAGUUGGAAAAGGAGUGCUAUUUGAAAGAGCGAUCUCUAAUGUACAUGUCAGCUGACUUAACCGAGGCAGCUGUGAGCAGAUCGGAGCUCUGCAAGGAAUCACAACAUAUAGUUUCAUGCAUACGGGAUUACAUGGACCAACAGAAACGAUAUAUUGAAAACUUAACUAAGAAUCUCGAAAACAAGCAACGUUAUAUAAUGCAACUUGCAUUUGAGAACAAAAUUUUGCUACUCAAGAUGAAGAAAUUGAAACGGAUUAAUUUACUGGCCAAACGGAGGAGAACGCACAAGCAACUGAGCGGUGGGAGUUUCAAGAGAGUGCCUGUCAACGGUUACAUCUCGCCAUCGGAUGUGAAUGAAAAUGCAGGCACAGGUCUAGUCCCAAAUUCAAGCUACACAAAUGUAUACAAGAAAUGUUAUAGAGAACCGAUCAAGACCAAUCGAUGUAGAUCGAUCUCGGGCGAUUCGUGGUGGUUUCCCAAAAUGGAAGAUUUAACAAACGAGGUGCGGAAGAGCCAUCAACGGUGGAGUCAACACUUCAACAACGAGACGGAAUCCGACACUUCGUUGGAAGAGAGCCGCGAUUACGGUUACCAGUCUUCUACGAGUAAAUAAGGAAGAAGAGCUUUAAUUCGAUCCAGAAAAGAUUUAAUUCGAUUUUGAUUAAAAGACUGAAGAAACAGCGUGUGAGAAGUUCGACGUUGUAUUGAAUACUGUCAAUCGUGUCAAAUUUGUAAUGCAAUGUAUGUUGGUUCGUGCCGUGUCUUAUUUCCUUCGCAUGGGAUCUUAUUUUAUAUCUUGUAUUGUCGAAUAUACCCUGGUUUCAGAUAGAAAUAGACGUUUUCUUCUCUAAAAUCUGAUUUGUACAAACGUAUCUAUUUAUAGCCGAUUAUCAAAUCGCCCAACGAUACGAUAAUGAGUCGUGUAAAUGAGAUGCAACAAUACAAGAUUUUCCAGAUAUACUUGGCGGAAGAAUUCAAGUAUCACUCUAGCUUCAUUUGGUGCGAAUAUAUCUACACACUCGGAUAGAUCCUAGAAUUAUUGCAAAUACACAUUGAACAUAUAUUUGUAUUAUUUUUAACACGCGUGUGUGUGUGUGUGUGUGUGUAUAUUCUAAAUUAAUAUUUAAUUACCAUAACGGUAUAUAGGAAAGCUUGCUCGAAGAAAUAUUUGUGUGUUCAGCUGUGUUCCAAUAGUUUGCGAGAUAAAAACGGUGAGUCGAGGGCAUUAAUUCUAGGACUGUUGAAAUAUGACGAUCGGUGAAUAGUUUCUCUUUGAAAUAUAAAUUAAAAAUUGGAAAAUUAUGUUUCUCUCUCUAUGAACUCUAAAUUAUCUCA